CAUACCGAAUCUGCACCUGCUGGGCCUCUUUGCGAUGGCGCAGGGAUGCAGCGCAAACGCGGAUGUUGCCAGCCUUGUUGGUCUGGGAGCUGUCAGCCAUCUGCGAUGAAUUUCUCAACGGGAAGAGUGGCAAAAGCCACUCUUUUUCACCGGUUCAUACAGUUCGUUCUACCGGUAUUUGAAUGCCGGGUGCUGUGUCCGCUUUUAUUUGUCGGAUGACGGAAACGGAUUGAGCUCUUCUGAUUACUCCACUUACAACUGAUGACGAUCACCUCCAUGUCCUGACGUCGCCGCUGUCAAUUGUAUCCAGCACUCUGCGCACUGGUUUCAGUACAAACACCGCCUACCCGAAGACUCCGGGAUUGUGGGAGCAUUCAGCGCCUUGAGAAUAACCGAACAUUAUCAAUAAUCAUCGCAGCUGCAGCGCCACUGGCCGGGAUAGAAUCUGGAUGGUCGCAUCACGUUAGCACUCCGCCAAGACACCGGCACCAUGGCCGUCACAAGCAAUGUAUACGCCCCGACCGAAGAUCUCAUUCUAUCUCGCCCCCGACGGCGUUUCCGCACCGGCGUUCGCUGGCAACACUGGCAGUUACGCUCCCUUAUCGGCACCGACAGUCAGAAUCGCAUCUAUUUUCCGGCCCCAGGCACCGACAGCAAGAACUGCCAGAUACAGCGACUGAACACCAAGACCCAAGAAUUUGAAACCGUCAAGCGCUUGUCCUUCAACCCGAGGUGUUUGGUGGCACGGAAUGGUUGGGUAUGCUGUGGAGGCGAGUCCGGCGUUUUCAGUGCAUUCCAGGUGGGCGAGCGAAGCGAAGCGCACGAAACCGGCAGCAGAUUGGACUUCCAGGCCGACAACCGCCUUCCUCUAGCCCUCGAUCUCUCCGAGGUCACGUCGUCGUUGCUGGCCGAGGCUCGUUUAGAUAAAAACCUUGUGGCACAAAGCACUGACUUCGGAAAGGAUCGAGUGAAUUGCAUAACACUCUGGUCACCACCGACACUCGCCGAAGCGUUCGAGGGGGCGUACGACCAGGAUGUCGCAGUGUUGGCGCAUAAUGAUAGUUCCGUCAUUGUCGUUAGCCUUCGGGACCAGGAGGCGUUGGACAAGAUUACAUAUCCGGACUACAUGAACAGGGGGGUCAUAUCUCCUGACGGGCGACUGCUCAUCGCCAUCAGCGACGAUCCCUACUUGUACAUUCAUGAGCGGAAGGAGAAGACUGAGAGUUGCGCCUCCGUACGAGUCACGGCGCGACCCUUAUACGCCUGGAACCCGUGCGGCAGGAUCCAGCUCAAAAGCCAAAGCAAAGACGACCGAUCUGAUAACAGAGGGAGUUUCGCGGCGUGUUUUUCCAGCACGGGAAGGUAUCUUGCUGUAGGGACCCAGUAUGGGAUCAUCUCGGUAUUCGACGUUGCGGCAUUGACCAUGCAGGGAGCAGAGCCGUUGAUCACGUCGUUCAACGCGUCAAGGGCGAACGCUGAGUUCGGCGCUGUGAGAGACAUGGCCUUCUCUCCCGGCCCAAUCGACCUUCUUGCCUGGACCGAGGACCGAGGUCGCGUAGGCAUCGCUGAUGUGCGAGCCGGCUUCGACGCGCGACAGAUUUUGUAUCUUGACAACGAGGACGAUUUUGAGCACCUGGCGGUCACGGACAGAGGUACGAUUGAUCCUCGGCUGCUGGAGCAGCGGGCCGAGCGCAGCGAGAGCCUAUUGGCGAGUCUCGCGAACGCCAUGGAUCCGUCGGGGGAGAGCCGUCAUAACCGCCAGUCAGAGGGACACACAUCGCUGGCGCGAUACAACACCCCAUUGACUGCGGAAGAAACGGCCGUUUUGGAGGCCAUCCAGGACUACCGCCGACGACAGGACCAGUAUGUCGGCGCCCCCAGUAGGCCCGGCGCAGAAACUGGCAACAGCAGCAGCAGCACCGCCAACAAUGGCGGUGGUAGCGGACCGGGCACUGGCUCAAGACCCCCUUGGGCGGAGCGAGCGAGUCGGACCGCCGUCGAGGGCGCACGCAACACAGAACGUAGCGCAAGCGUGACCCGAGCCGUCAAUGAGAUUUUGGAGAAUAUCCGUGACCAAAGAGCGCGGAACCAAAAUGCGCAGGAGCGUCUGCGGGUGCGGGAGGACAACACUGCCGAGAGACGCCGGUAUGCACCCUUUUCUGGACUGGACAGCGGCCUGGGGGCUGCGGGAUCGGGGACAGGCGGUCGCGGCGCGCUGCUUUCACGCGUGGCAAACACCCUAAAUCCUACUUCCUCUGGCGCCUGGGAUAAUAUCGAGGCCUUGUACGAACCCUCACUCGGUGGUAACGAGCCUCAUGAGACGGGCCCGUCGAUAAUCAUUGAUUUGAGGGCCCAAGCUGACUCGAGGCGGCGGUUUAGAGCGGCGUAUAUUAUGCGCGACUGGGAGGAGAAUUCGCCCCGGCGAGUCCUGGGGACUUUCAUGACGUCGCACACGCGUCCUGGACCGUACGACACGGCGGGUCUGGCUUGGAGUGAGGAUGGAGACG